UCUUUAAAACAAGGAAGAGAAAGAAAAAGUUAAAGCAAUGUAUGGAUGGAUUUGUCAGAUGCAGUCAUUGGAAAAGUAACUUUGAUAUCAACAUUCACUAUUUUCACUUUAUUUGUGAUCUGGGUUAAUUCUUAUACUUUCUUUGACAGCGAUUUGUAUGUCUACAAGUACAUACCAAAUCCACAGUGGGUGCUAAUGUUCUGUGCAGUUUGGGGGCUUUUUUUUAUCGGGGGACUCAUUUCAUUCACACUCUUCCAUUUGUACCCUUAUUUAUAGCAAAACAGACCCUGAGUAUAUUUUUUAAGAAUUACCUUUCUACAAAUAUCUCAAAUCAAAAUAAUAGUGUAAAUAGAAAAAAUGCUGCAAUUGUGAGAAAAUACCAUUUAAUAGGAAAGAUUUAUAGUAUAUUGAAAGAAUCGGAGAGAAUUGGUACAAAAAUGGUGAACGACUGGAUAGUGAUCGGGAUAUCGGGAGUCACGUGCGGCGGAAAGACGACAUUGGCCAACCGCCUAAGGGACGCGUUAGUGCCGGUAUACGUGUUUCAUCAGGACAAGUAUUUCCUCCCGGACGACAGCCCUAAGCACGUGAGGUGUCCGGGCGUGGAACACAACAACUACGACAUAUUGUCGGCGCUCGACAUGGACAAGAUGCACGACGACGUGUUGCGCACUCUGAGAGGGGAGACCAGGGCUCACGCGGUCGACCUCGAGAGGGCCGAGGGGAAAUGGGGCGUGCCCGGGAAGAGCUUUUUGAUUCUCGAGGGAUUCACCGUCCUGAACCACAGGCCUUUGAACGAAUUGUGUCACUUAAGGUACUACUUCGUGCUGGAGUACGGCGAGUGUGCGGCGAGACGCGCUUUGCGGUUGUACGACCCGCCCGACACGCCCGGGUACUUCGAACAAUGCGUUUGGCCUGAGCACUUGCGCUUCAAGGCACAGAUCGAGAAAGAUAGUCGUGUGAAGAUGUUGGAUGGCACAAGUCCGGACGCUUUCGAACUCGUCCUGAAAGACCUGACGGAGUCGGGAGCCUCUCGCUUAUGAAUGUUGAUUAUUGUUAAUUCGCAUUUAAGAAUAUACACUUUUAGUACUA